CAAUAUUUGAGGUAUAUGCGUGUAAAAGAUCUGCUAGUUUUUGAACGUUUUGGAGUGCUUUUAUGUGUGGCCCUUUUUUGGGCAUAUGCACAUCUAUUGACUGCGAGUGGAGCUUACAAGCGCAGUUCUGAUUUAACAAAAGUCCAUUGCCGUACUGAUCAAUCACACCUAUUAUCAUCCACUCCCUGGGUGAAAUUUCCCUACCCACUUCAAUGGGGAGCCCCUACCUUUAAUGCUGGCCAUACAUUUGGAAUGAUGGCUCUAGUUUUAGUUUCCAUGAUUGAGUCAACUGUAGCAUACUUGGCUGCAUCCAGGCUUGCCAGUGCGACACCUCCUCCAGCAUAUGUUCUUAGUCGUGGCAUUGGUUGGCAGGGCAUUGGGAUACUCCUGGGUGGUCUUUUUGGAACAGGAACUGGUUCAAUAGUUUCAAUUGAGAAUAUUGGACUUCUUGGGGUAACUCGAGUUGGUAGCCGCCGUGUGGUGCAGAUUUCUACAGGGUUCAUGAUAUUAUUUUCAAUCUUAGGAAAAUUCGGAGCCCUCUUUGCAUCAAUACCUUUCCCAAUUUUUGCUGCGUUGUAUUGUGUUAUAUUCGGGCUAGUUGCGGCAAUUGGUCUUUCCUUUUUACAGUUCACAAAAAUGAACUCUCUGCGGAACCUGUUCAUUACUGGAGUUUCUUUGUUCCUUGGAUUGUCCAUCUCUCAGUACUUUAAUGAAUUUGAUACGACACAAAAAGCCAAGUUGGUUAUUUCUCAAGGCCUGAUGGUAUCUUCUUCUAAAUUUCCUUAUCCUUUCCAUGGACCUGUUCAUACAGGGGCUAGAUGGCAAAAGCCACAUCUUGGUGGUGGUCGGAUAGUUGACUAUAUGCAGGUAGGGUGUUAA